CCAAGGUCCAUAUUACGGAUAAUGAAGAACCCAGUAGUCGCCUGUCUUCUCUUUGGGAACGCCAGUGCUUUGUUCUUUGUUGGAGGCUAUUUCAGCUUUGCUCCAAAAUACAUCAUGACCCAGUUUGCAAGGCCGGCAGCUGAGGCGAACUUCAUAUUGAGUAUUCUAGAGCUGAUGUGGGCGUUAGUGGGCACCCUUCUUGGAGGCAUAAUCACCAGCAGAUUUCGGCUUACCAGCAUUGGAUGCAUGAAGCUCACGACCAUACUGGUAUUCAGUGCAACUGUCCUCUGUUCUCUCACGCUGGUUUUUGGUUGCGACGAACAGAACAUCAAAGGUCUAGGUGACAGCAGAUAUUCCAUGGUAAACGACACUGUUUGCAGCUGUGAUGCAACGGAGUACAUGCCACUGUGUGGAGUUGAUGGAGUGACGUAUAUCAAUCCCUGUAUGGCAGGAUGCAAGUCUCAGAACGGUACAACAUACAUGGGGUGCAGCGAGAUUCCUGGUAACGAAGGCACAGUGGGCAAAUGUCCAUUAGAUUGUCCCUACCUGUAUCCCUACGUCAUCGUUGACCUGGUGUCCGGCUUGGCGGCGACAAUUUCCUUAGUCCCUGUCAUGAUGACACUAAUGAGAACUGAAGUAUGGUACUUCAAUCCAGAACUGAAGUAUGAUACGUCAAUUUCGGAACUGAAGUAUGAAACGUCAAUUUCGGAACUGAAGUAUGAAACGUCAAUUUCGGAUCUGAAGUAUGAUACGUCAAUUUCAGAACUGAAGUAUGGUUAUCUUCCAUCACCUAUCGUUUAUGGAAGGGCCAUUGACACCACGUGCAUCCUCUGGGAAACAACGUGUGGUGAUGUCGGCGCAUGCGCAGUGUAUGAUAUCCCAAGCCUACGAUAUCAUGUGAAAGGGAUGGACACAGGAUUUCAAGUUCUAUCGUCAGCUGGCUUCUUUGCAGCUUUCCUUUUACUGAGAAAUGGGGUCGUUAAGGAGUAUUCCGAUUCAGAUGCACCACAAACCCAGGCUGAAGAAUCAGAAGAUACCGAGAAACCGGAGAAGGGUAGGGCCAUUGUUGUGUUAGACCAGCCCAACUUCCACUCCAUGGUGGACAACGUGCUGCAGGAUUUAACUACCUACAAGAAGAUCAAGAAGGACCCAACCACAAAACUUCAACGACAACACAAGGCCUGCCUUAAGACACACUGUGAUAACUAUGAACUAUCUGUGGACUAUCUUUUCACAUUUUCCUUAUCCAUACGCACUUCAAUGACUUAG